AUUUAUAUGUGAGACACAGAGAUCAGUCAUGAGCAACAUAAACUCUUGUUUCAGAUUUUUUAAGUUGGGGUGCUGGAGGUGGGGAUAAUUUUUGGACUUCAUAUCACAGACUGGAGUUAGUACUGGGACACAUAAUGUUGGUAAUAAGUAGCAAUGCAGCAAAUAAGAACAGAUGACCAGUGACUUGACUAGGCAGCUUGCAAUCUAGAGAGCAGAAAGAGAAGAGGUCUGGGCAUUUAACUGGCACUGAGCUGGCACUGCUGCCAUUUGGAUUACCUACCUGUGUAGACACCUACUUGGCAGCCUGGGACUUUAAAACAUUUGGAGUCUGCUGUGAAGCAUCUGGCACCGAGUGUGGCUCUGCCUUCCCCUCAGUCUGUGCUGAGCGCACAUCUCACCUGGGUGCCACAUUCCUCUCCCAGCCGCCGGGAUGGAGCCUCUGGACACAGAGUUGUGCUACGACCCAGACCCCAGCAUUGUGCAACCGUCCUGCAACGGGCAGACACCCCCCGGGCACAGGACGCAGCCGCCAACCCUGCAAAUGGACCACGAGCAGCAGAUGAAGAUCAGCGAGAGCGGCCAGUUCAGCGACGUGGUGGAAAACAGAGGUUUGCUUGAAAGCAGCACCAGACUGAAACCCCAUGAAGCCCAGAACUAUCGGAAAAAGGCCUUGUGGGUCUCUUGGCUUUCCAUUGCCGUCACAUUGAUCCUGGCCAUAGCGGCUUUCACCGUCUCGGUGAUGAGAUACAGUGCGUCCUCAUUCGGAUUUGCUUUUGAUGCUGUCCUGGAUGUUUUGUCAUCAGCCAUAGUAUUGUGGAGGUACAGCAACGCCGCGGCCGUACAUUCUGCGCACAGGGAGUACAUGGCCUGUUGUAUCCUGGGGGCAAUAUUCGUGCUGUCCUCCAUCUGCAUCAUAUCCAAAGCCAUCCAUGACCUCGCAAUCAGGGUUCUGCCAGAAGUGGACGGCUUUCUCUUCAGCGUUUCCAUUCUCAGCGGGAUCCUUUGUUCUCUCCUGGCGGCAAUAAAAUUCAUGUUGGGGAAAGUCCUAACAAGUCGAGCACUGAUAACUGACGGGUUCAACUCUCUCGUCGGAGGAAUUAUGGGUUUCUCCAUCCUUCUGAGCGCAGAAGUUUACAAGCACAACGCCAGCGUCUGGUACCUGGAUGGGAGCGUGGGGAUCCUCAUUGGGCUCAUCAUUAUGGGCUAUGGCAUUAAGCUGCUGACGGACAUGGUUCCGAGGGUGAGGCAGACGCGUCACUACGAGAUGUUUGAAUGAGGGGCGCCGGACGCAGUCGAGGAAGAGACCCCCCCAGGCUGCCCGGCCAUCUCUUGUAAAUAGGCAGGUUCUAACUGUAGGCGAAUGGACUAUGUGGGUUCCCCUGGGGGUAUUGGGGGGCUCAUGUGAAACACUCACCUGUACAUACAAAUGUUAUGUGCUUGUAAAUGAGCAAAAACAGUAUUUUUGUUACUCGACUGCGCUGUGGGCGGGGCCAUGCCCCUCCCAUUUGUCCGUGUGUCUGAUGAAGGACAGAAGUAGCGCAACGUUAGUACAAGAGUGUUGCAUUGCUUCGUCCGCUCGCACCGGAGAGAGAAAUAUCCCCGGAUUGGGGAGAUCGGGGCAGAGAGACAUUACCAGGAGCGGCUGCGAAUGGCGGCUUUACAGCCUCACUGCCAACUGGGACAGAUGGCACUCUGAUUGGCACAGCUGGGCUGUCACACUAACUCAGCCACUGACUGAUCUGCCCCUGGUCAUGUGAUGUGGUUAGAAUGAAAGCUGCGCUGCCCCUACAUGUCACCGUAGCCACCCCCCCCCCCCCCCCGGUGCUGGAAAGCACGUCAGCACGAUGCUGUAAAACGUGGAUUAGACGUUAUUUCAGGUCGCUAUGGAAAUGAUUUUGAACAUAUAUUUUUAUAUCUAUAUAUCCUUAUGGCGAGACCUGAAGGCAGUGUUUCAGUCUUAAAGGCACAGUGUCACAUUCCAGCAAUGAGUCUCUGAUUAGGAUGGUCCCUGCUAAUUUCUGGAAUAUGUCACUGUUCCUUUAAAUGGUAAGUUCACCUGGGCUCUUCCUUCAGUACUUACCCAGAAGUAAAGGUCUGAUCAGUUGUACUACCCUACUGGGCUGCUCUCCUUCCCAUGGUCUGGUGGGGGUGGGACUCCUCCAAUGCUGAGUUAGAGCUUGGCCACUAGAUGGAGGGCUUCCGCCAUCAAGUCCACUGCAUUGGUCCCUCCUACACUGCUUACAGAGAUCAGGGCAGUCUAAGCCCCGCCUCUCUGCCUGAGCACUAGCCCAGCCCCUCUGCCUGAGCACUAGCCCCGCCCCUCUGCCUGAGCAUGGGAAAGAAAGCAGCCCAGGGGUGAGCAAUACAAGGUUUCACUGAUCUUAAAGGGACACUAACGCAAUAAUAACCCAAGCAGGCAGCAUUAUACAGCCACUGGGCUGUUCUCUUUAAGCACACAAUGAAAUGUUCCAAACAGCCAAUCAGAAUCCACCUUACAGCCCAGUCUGAGAGGCGCUAACCUGGAACGGAAAUGUUAUUAUUCGGUUUUUAUUGAAAUCAGACAGAAUUGUAUUAUAUUUCCCCUCCCUCCCCCAACAUCAUCUGCCUAAAGGCAAAGUAUUCCCCCCUGUACUUACGGUACUCACUGUACUUACUGUACUUACUGUACUUACUGUACCUCCUGUCAAUCAUACCCUCAGUAAAUGGAACCAAAGGCAGGUUUAACCCUUGCACCCCCUUCCCAGAGCAAUAUAUAUAUAUAUAUACAGUAUAUUAGAAAUAUAUAUUUAUAGUGUAAUCACUGGCCAAGGCCUGAGAGCCCCACCCAUGAGCUGAUCCUCAUGCUUCAGAUGUUAACCCAUUCCUUACCCCAUGAGAGGUCUAUGCCCAAAAGCACAGAUGGGGGUCAUUAUUACCCCCCCCCAGCACAGAAACAGGCACAGCCCUCCUGUAUAAAUGACACUGACAUUCAGCCACAUGGGAUAAAUAUUACUGCCCCCCCCCCUCACUGUACAGAACUUUCAUUCUCUGCACUUCCUGUUCCAGGGCUGCUCUCUUUCCUGCUGUCAGGAAGGGGAGGGGCUUGGACUUGACUGACAGUGGUUCAGACACUGAUGGAGAAACAGAGGAGAGCAGGCUGGUAGAGCAAAAGCUCCAUCUAGUGGCCAAACUGCUUUACACGGCACUUACGGAGAAAUAUCAGGCUCCCAGAUUGGCCUUUGCUUUCCCUUUAAUACAUUUUGUUCCCAAUGGGUCUCUGUGACGCACACACAUUGCUCUCAAGCACAAAUACAACACUUGCACCCUGGGCUUUGGGUAAUGGGUGGGGGGUGGGGGGGGGGGGGGUGGAGAGCACAAACGCUGCACAGUAAGCACAAGCACCCACCCCACAGCUAUUACUUACCCAACCCUUGGGCUGCUCUCUUCUCAUGGUACAACCCUUGGGCUGCUCUCUUUCCAUGGUACAACCCUGGGGCUGCUCUCUUCCCAUGGUACAACCCUGGGGCUGCUCUCUUCCCAUGGCCCAACCCUCGGGCUGCUCUCUUCCCAUGGCCCAACCCUCGGGCUGCUCUCUUCCCAUGGUACAACAGGAGCCGGGCUUGGUUCUGACCCCUAAUUUGGUUCUAAUAUAGAUCCCCAUAGGAUACACAAUGCAAUAUAAACCAUACCAGAGCCGUGGCCAUUACAGGGGUAGUUCACCUUGAAAUUAACUUUUACUAUGAUGUAGACAUUGAUAUUCUGAGGGAAUUUGCAAUUGGUCUUCAUUUUUUGUGAUUUUUUGGUUAUUUAGCUUUUUGUUGAGCAGCUAUCUAGUUGCUAGGGUCUUGUUCACCCUAACAACCAGGCAGUGGUGUGAAUGAAAGACUGGAAUAUGAAUAGGGGAGAAACUGAAUAGAUAGAUAAGGGAUAAAAAGUAACUAACAAUAACCGGGGUCAGUGACCCCCAUUUGAAAGCUGCAAAGAGUCAGAAGAAGAAGGCAAAUAAUUCAAAAAGUAUAUAAAAAAAUAAUAAAGACCAAUUGCAAAGUUUCUAGGAAUAGUAAUAUUAAAAGUUAUGUUAAAGGUAAGCAGAGACUCCGACAUUCCCAUAGAGACCAAAGCAACCAGAAAUUACCCAUCAGCCCUUCCUGUUGUGCCAGAGAGCAGCCCGGGGGCAAAACUGCAACACGUACUUACCCCAAGGGGGGCAUUGUGAGUCAGGGUAAAGAUCAUUUAAUGUUAAUGAAAUAAAUUACUUUGUGUAGCAAAGUGUAAGAGAUUAGGUGAGUUUCCCCUUUAAUGAUUAACCCCCAGCGCUACUAUUUGUACAUAGAAAGCUGUGAAUAGGAAUGGGCAGCGGGGGGCGCCAGUGUGUUUGUGGGGUGUUUGCUGUAAUAAAG